AAAUUAAUGUCAUAGGUAGAGAGACUUGAAUCAGACGCUUCACCAUAGAUUUGCCUUCCCCAUCGACAAAAAAGAAAAAGGAAAAACAUAAUCAUCCACUAAAAAAUCGGAUCGAAAUGGUGUUCAACAGCCCAGCAAUCGUAGCGGUGGCCCAGCUGUCGGCGAAUGCGUGCCAAUACAUAGCGUGCAAUCCGGAGCGCCUCAGCGCCGAUCAAGUGCUCAACCUCCUCUUCUGCUUCCCCUUUCGCCACCUCCGCCGCCUCGCCUUCUGCAUCUGGACCUUCUUCUGCUUCCCCCUUCCCAGCAACCCCUAUCUAUCCUCUUCUUCCUCCUCUUCUUCUUCCCAAUCCGAUCUUGACCCCGAUCUACACUCCGAUUGAUUUCUCAUGAUCUGAAUAAAAGAAAAAGGUUCUGUUGUAUUUACUAGAUCUAUAUAGGAGACUAUGUAAAGUUAUAAAUGUUGUCUUCAAAAUAUAUCAUUUGCGUUGAUGGAUGGAUGGAUGUUGCGGUUGCUAAUAUUUGAAAUUUGACAAUAAAGAUUGUAUUUUGGUCACUCUGUUGUGGUAACUGUAUAAAUUUGAUGUUGGAGAUGUGGCUUCUGGCAAUAACAAUGAUAAUGAUAUGAGGAAGUUGUUCCUUCUGCAUCUUUGAUCAUGGUUAGUUAAUACGCACUGUUGUUUAUUAGAACCACUGAAUUCACAUUCUGUAAUCAAUCAAAUUAUAAUAUUUAUACCGUUUGUCACGGCAAGCUGUUUUUUAAUAGAAAAAAGGAACUCUCUUGUGAACAUCUAGAGUCUUCAUCAGCAACCAUGUGGAGUGUAUUUCCUUUUUUUUAAGCUCCAUGAAUCCCAUACCUAGAUAAUGGAGCAUGUGUGUAUUGGGCCAUUUUGUGAUGUCGGAUGUAAAUGAUCAAUCCCCACUUUCGAAGUAUUUCUAUGAUUGUUUCAAAUACAUACUAACUGGAAAAGUUGUCGAGAAAAAUAGGCUUGUUUUUAUCAGUAUCGCUAUGAUUACCAAUCAAUCAAUAGCUGACUGAGCAGGACAGCCGAAGCCAUGCUUUUCCAACACAUCAUCAAUGCCAUUUAAUUAAUUUAACUAAGUCAAUAUAUGGGAAGAAGAGUGUUCUAGAUUAAUCACUCACCCACCCUCUUCUCCUCUACCUUCUUCCCUCAUCAAUCUCUUUGGCAUCAUCGCCAUGGCCAACCAAUCCCAGGUUUCGCAUCAUAACGAAGAAGCCAAUCUUUCUCAACUCUUCCAUGAUCAUCAGUUAAAGGCGACUAGGCUUCCCCCUAUCGAGGAGGUUAGGACACUCCUUCAUCAUAGUGUCCGGGGAUUUCUCUCCUCCUUGUCUCGGGAGCACCAUGGUUAUCCAUUCGGGUCCAUGGUUGACUUUGCUUGUGAUGCUUACGGAUCUCCCAUAGUUGCUGUUAGUAACUUAGCAGAUCAUACAAAGAACCUUGUAGCCAAUCCAAAAUGCUCAUUACUUGUGGCAAAAGAUCCGGAUGACAGGUCUGACCUUAUUGUUACUAUUCAGGGAGAUGCUGUCCCGGCUGAUCACAGCAAUAUGGAAGCUAUUCGGACUGCAUACAUGACUAAGCAUCCAGAUGCAUUCUGGGUGGACUUUAGCGACUUCCAGUUCUUGCGCAUUGAACCUAAAGUUGUACAAUAUGUCGCAGGUGUCGCAACAGUUUCACAAGCAUCUGGAGAACUCAGCAAUGCGGAGUUUAGAACUGCAAAAGUGGAUCCUAUAUAUCAAUUUUCUAAGCCUAUAACAUCUCACAUGAAUAAGGAUCAUGCAGAUGACACAAAGCUGAUUGUGCAGCACUCUACGUCCAUUCCGGUGGAAUUUGCAACCAUGUUGGACGUAGACAGUCUUGGUUUCACUGUGAAGGCUGGCUAUGAAGGCAAAACAUUCAAGCUUCGAAUCCCUUUUACUAGGCGUGCAACAGAGAGAAAGGACGUGAAGACUCUUAUUAUAGAAAUGCUGCAAGCAGCCAAACAACAGAUCAAUUGAGGGAAACCUCUUUUAGUAAUAUCGAUAUUUCUUCAUCUGGUUGAGGUUGUGACCCUCUUCCUCUGUUAUCCCUAUGCCAUAGGCGCCUGCUUCCUGGGAACUUUUUUCUUGUCAUUCAGAUAAUUGAAGUUUACCCUUGUAGAUGGUUAUAAUACAAGAGUGAUUGCGAUUUUGGAGAAUCAUUAUUAGUCCUAUUUUGUGAACUUGUUGUAAAGAGUGUUUGCUCUCAUUAACUUCAUCAUUUCUCAUCUGGUCAGGGAUUUGGUUGACAUUUCGGCU